GCGGGAGUAGCCGCAGCAAACAGAAGCACUUUCUGAGUUGUUAGUUGCUGUUCAGUUGAUAACACAGUCACCAGUCUGUUUCCAAAUCACCAUGGCAGCUUUCCUGGUGUGCAUGACUCUCAUGACGCUCUCGGUAGUGACAGCGCAGUACUUUGGCCAACCGGAGCAGGUCCAUCUGUCAUUCGGAGGGAGUCCCAGUGAGAUGAUAGUGACAUGGAGUACAAUGAGCGCAACCAAUCAGUCUGUGGUAGAGUUCGGCCUGAAGGGUCGUCCCAUGUUUACCCAGAGGGCCUUGGGUUAUCAGACAAAGUUCACCGAUGGAGGAACACUUCAUCGUGUUCAGUACAUCCAUAGGGUCACCCUCACAGGACUAGGGCCCGGAAACUCAUAUGUGUACCACUGUGGGAGCCCUGAAGCAGGCUGGAGUGACAUACACACCUUCACAGCUAUGAAAUCUGGCACAGACUGGAGCCCCAGCAUUGUACUUUAUGGAGACUUGGGUAAUGUUAAUCCUCAGUCCCUUCCCAGGCUACAGGAAGAUGUGGCCAAGGGCAUGUAUGAUGCUGUCUUUCACGUGGGUGACUUUGCUUAUGACAUGAAUACUGACAAUGCUCAGGUUGGGGAUGAGUUUAUGAGACAGAUAGAGCCAAUAGCUGGAAAUCUGCCUUACAUGACGUGCCCAGGAAACCAUGAAAAUGGAUACAACUUUUCAAACUAUAGAAACCGGUUUACAAUGCCUGGUGAUGAAGACGGACGUAAGAUGUUUUACAGUUUCAAUAUCGGCCCAGUCCAUGUGAUAUCCUUCUCCACUGAGUUCUACUUCUACAUUCAAUAUGGCAUCCACCAGAUAUUUGACCAGUAUGUAUGGCUUGAGGAAGAUUUGAAGGAAGCAGCCAAACCUGAGAACAGAGCAGAGAGGCCAUGGAUCAUUACCAUGGCACACCGGCCAAUGUACUGCUCAAACUACGACAAUGAUGACUGCACCAAGUCCGAGAGUAUUAUCCGCACCGGUUUACCGAUCACCCAGAGUGCAGCCCUGGAGCCGUUGUUGUACAAGUAUGGUGUAGACCUGGAAUUUUGGGCCCACGAGCACAGCUACGAGAGACUGUUUCCAAUCUAUAACAGAGUGAUGUACAAUGGUAGCUGGGACUUCCCAUACACCAACCCUAGAGCACCGGUACACAUCAUUACCGGAUCUGCUGGCUGUUAUUCAAGGCAUGACCCGUUCAAGAGUAAGUUUGCCAGCUGGUCGGCCUUCCAUAGCCUGGACUACGGCUACACCAGGAUGAAGGUUAUAAACAAGACUCAUAUCUACCUGGAACAAGUCUCAGAUGACAAGGGCGGAGCUAUCAUUGACAGUAUGACUCUCAUCAAAGAUUCCCACCAAGCUUAUCGCUCUUUUCCACAGGACAAAUGGUUUGAUGUAAAAUCAAAUUAAUGCCUAUCCUUGUGACAUCAUGAGAUUACAUUCCUAGUAGGGUACUUUAUAUUGAACCUGUACAUUGUGCCAUGCAGAAUUUUUCC